AUCCAAAAGCAAUCACAAGAGAUUCAGGAGCUUCGACACGAAAUCAUCCACCUGAACCAAAAAUACAUUGACCAGAUCGACCGUAUACAAAUAGCAGAGCAAGCCCAAUUUCAAGUCGAAUCCGAGCUCGAGGAUCUUUCUUUACGCUUAUUUGAACAAGCCAAUAAGAUGGUAGCCGAAGAAAAGAAGGCACGCUAUGUUGCCGAAAAGAAAUUGAUGCAAAUGGAAAGAGAAUUAAGUACAGUGCAUCAGGAACUAUCAGACGAACGAGCUCAGUUGAACGAGUUGAGAAGACGAUUUGAAGAGGACGGAGAGCAGCAGAAUUUUUAUCAUCCUUCCGAUAUAUCCACUACAGAUACAGUGCCCCCCGUGGUACUUUGUGUCAGUCCCAGUCCGAUGAGCAUGAUUGAUUCUACCAAUGUCUUUUUGGAUGAUGCCUGGUUAGGUCUCUUUAAAGACUUUUUGACACUGGCACCCAAGACAUCCAUGGAGGCCAUUCAUCGUUUACCGUUUCUGAAGCAAUGUCUCGAACUCGAUAUUGAGCCUUGUCUCCGGUUUGGAAAUACCACACGAUCCAGGCUCUCUAUCAAAAAAGUCCUGGAAGCCGUGAUGCGUGAACCCUGUUUGAUCGAAUCAGAUACGCCCAAAAAACGACACUCGCAUGAUCAUCUCUCUACCAAUACCACCACUGCAACCAUGAAACAAACCAUGUGUUAUGCAUGUGGUACAACCAUGCACCUGGAUUUGUUUCGGUUCAGGUUGAAAGAACAGGACACUGAAUCCUAUCUGAUUGAUCGAGCUUGUCGGGAUCGGUUGGUGGCCGUGUGUGAUUUUUAUGUGUUUAUACGACAUGUACGCUCGGGAUUGCAAAGUCAGAGAACUAUCCAGAGUUUAUUUCAGGAAUGCAUCUGGCUUAAACUUUGCAUGUUUUGGGCGAGGUCUGGUGUGCAUCAU